CUGCUGAGAGGCUGCACAGGCAGCACAGUGUCAGAAAUCCCUGUUCUUCAGUCCGGACUGUCCAGAUGGAACACCACCUGUCAUCUCAAUCCUUGUUGACGCGGCGGUAAAUCCAAUGGCCGACAGCAUGGCUUUAAACAGCACAGACGACUUUCCCUGAAGCUGAGUGUUUCAGUGUGGCACACACCGUCGUUGUUCUCCGUGCGAUAACAGCAUGCCUCCAUUUACAUGGGCUGUUCACAACCUGCUGUGCAGGUGUCUCAGCAUCCCCAUCUCUGCGUGGUUCACUCUUCUGUGUCUCUUUAUCAUUGUGCCAGCUGUACUCGGAGGCUGUUUUAGUAUCCGCAGCUUGUAUUUGAGGACACUUCUCAAGAUAUUUGAGUGGGCAACCUUACGAAUGGAAAUGAGAGCAAAAGAAAAAAAUCAGCAACUCUACAAAACACAUACAAAUGGUAUCAUAGCCAAAGAAUUACCAGCAUCUUUGCAGCAGGAGAUCCGGGGUUCUGCCAGCUGUCUGUGCUCAGAUCAUGAGUUUGAUAUGGCUGAUAUCUUCUACUUUUGCCGAAGGGGCGUGGAGAGCAUAGUGGAUGAUGAAGUGACCAAGCGAUUUUCAGCCCAGGAACUUGAGAGCUGGAAUCUGCUGACUCGGAGCAACUACAACUUCCAUUACAUAAAUAUGAGACUUACACUCCUGUGGGGGCUGGGACUUCUCACCCGCUAUGGCAUCCUGCUGCCUCUCAGGGUUACUCUUGCAGUCACUGGCAUUAGUCUCUUCCUAUUCCUGACCACCUUAGUGGGGUUUUUACCAAACGCAGCGUUAAGAUCCUACCUCAGUGAGAAGGUUCACAUGAUGGGCUAUCGCAUGUGUGUAAGCUCUCUCACGGCAAUCAUCACCUAUCAUAACAGAGAAAACAAACCAAAGAAUGGUGGUAUAUGUGUGGCCAAUCACACGACACCCAUUGACGUGAUCAUCUUGGCCAGUGAUCGCUGCUACUCUUUGGUUGGACAGAUGCAUCGUGGGUUGCUGGGGAUGAUCCAAAGAGGAAUGGUCAAAUCCUCCCCGCACAUCUGGUUUGACAGAUCAGAAGUCAAAGACAGACACCUAGUGGCCAAGAGGCUUAGUGAUCAUGUGGCUGAUAAAACCAAACAGCCCAUCCUCAUCUUCCCUGAGGGUACUUGUAUUAACAACACAUCAGUGAUGAUGUUCAAAAAGGGCAGCUUUGAAAUUGGCUGCACUAUUUAUCCCGUUGCCAUUAAGUAUGACCCUCGCUUCGGUGAUGCUUUCUGGAACAGCAGUAAGUGUGGCCUGGUGUGGUAUCUUCUCAGUAUGAUGAGCAGCUGGGCCAUCGUAUGCAGCGUUUGGUACCUGCCACCUAUGAACAGAGAGGAAGGAGAGGAUGCAGUACAGUUUGCCAAUAGAGUGAAAGCCGCCAUAGCUGCCCGAGGCGGAUUAGUAGAUCUCAUCUGGGAUGGUGGACUGAAACGAGCCAAAGUGAACAAUGCUUUUAAAGAAGGGCUGCAGAAACUUUACAGCAAAGUUCUUGUAGGUGACCAUGAAGACCAAAGUGAAAGGAUGGAAACCCAGGAAAAAAAAAAGAUUCAACCACAAGACAAUGAGGACACAGUGAAUGUAUGUUAUCACUGCAGAGUUUUACUUCUUAAAGAACAUUUUACAUAAGGUGAAUGUAAAACACCACAGACAGCAAUUUGUACAAUAGGUGCUUUGUUGGGUACAACUUUCUAGUACUGGGCUGGACCCUCUUUCAUUUUGGUCCAAAAUGUGCCAAGAAAAUAUUCCCCACACUGUUACACCAUCACCAUCAGCCUGAACUGCUGGUAAAACGCAAUAUGGAUCCAUGCUUUGAUAUUGUUUACACCAAAUUAUGACUCUGCCAUCAGCAGAAACCGAGACUCAAACAGGCAAUGUUUUCCAAUCUUCUGUUUUACAAUUUUGCUGUGCACUCAGGGACACUCUUCUCCAUGCCACAAUCAGAGUCACAUAUAUCGUCUUCCUUCCUCAUUCUGAUACUCAUUUCAAACUUCAGCAGAUCUUGUACAUAGACCAUGUACAUAUUACUAAAUGCAUAGGAUUGUUGCCCUGUGACUAGAUGAUUAGAUAUUUGCUGUAACAAUGAGUUACACUGUUAUUUCUACCAGGCUGUAGACCAAAGAAAAUGAUUUUAUGCAUCUAACUAUCUAUAUUGCUUUGUAUCCAAGGUCAGUCUAAAUGUAUUUAAAGUUGUACUUUAUUAACUUCUCUUUUUUAACUGUUUGCAUUAAGGCCAAAAGCUGAACAUCUCUGCAACCGUUUUGUGGGCAUGUGGGCUUGUUGUUGUAGUAUCUGAUUAAAACAUUUUCCUCUGACUGCAACAAGUGUUUACUACUAAAGCUGUUACAUCACAGCCAGACACUUUGGCAGUGCUAGCUAAUGUACUAAUCGGCUCAAGUGUCUAUAUGUGACUUUGAUCUUUGCUGAAUUUUGUCCAUGAAAAGGAAAGCGAGAUCACACUUUUUCAGGGCUGCUCCACCGUGUAAGCCUUAAUAAUGAAGAGCUUCAGUUUACUUGUCCUUGACUCUUACAGCAGACUUUCCUCUACAAAGCAAAUUAGCCACAUUUGUCUUUAAAGUUUGUUCCCUUCCUCAAACAGCAGGAGUCAGUAUUUGAGCAGCAAUUUGUGACAUGGCAAUCCAUUUACCUUCAUCAACAAACAUCUAAAUUGCUCUAUGGACUUGUUUAGAUAGCAGUGACAAAAAUAAAUAAAUAAAUUUACCGUGCCUAUGCAAGCGUAUUCAAGGUCAUAUGUAUAGAGGAAAAAGCCUGCAAGGAACUAGCUCUGAAACUGGGGGAAAACAGACCUGAGAAAUAUCAUCUCACAUUCGUGGCUUUUCGGAGACUUACAACCUUGAUCUGCAGGUUUGAUGUAAUCCAUGAAGACACUGGCACUUCAAUUUAAUUACAAUUCAGCAGAGCUGAAGGUGACACUGAAUCCAGCCAAAUGUGGCUUGUCGGGUAUCCCAUCCCCUCUCCAAGUGACAGAAUCAUUAGAGCAGAGGUCAGAUUUUAGACAUCAGUGGCAUAGCUGCUAUGGAAGGAGGAUUUUUUAGUUUUAAAUUAUGACACAAUUUGGAGCUAGUCUAAAAAUACAAACAUAUAGAGCCAGAUUAUUAUUUAAAUGCAUGCACCGUAAAUACAUCGUGGAAUAAUAAAAUCUUUUACAUUCAGUCCUGGUGUUAUUCGGGCUCAUUCAGUAUGUGAUGACGCUGAUGCCGUCUGACAGGUACAA